UGGAGAGCGCGUUGCACCCAGGGAAGGACUGACAGCCAUUUCUCAUGCAGCUGUUGUUAUGAAGCGGAACGGUUGCUCUUAAAUGUGUUUUUAUUUUUUAGCUCGGAUAAUGUCGCUCAGGUAACAGCUGCGGACCACUGCAGGCAUCCCCGUCGUAGAAAUACAUUAACCAGAAUCCACCGGGAAGAGCGAGCGCGACACAGUUAAAGGAACCAUGAAUUACGCUCGCUUUCUUACAGCAGUCAGUGGGGCCAGAAGACCGUCCCCGAUCAGGAUGCUGACUGAACUCCAGCAGCGGUCGCCUCCAUCCCUCAUCUCCCUGGCUGGUGGAGCUCCGAACCCGAACACCUUCCCGUUCCAGUCGGCGUCCAUCCAGGUAAAAAACGGUCAGACGGUCACUUUUGACGAGACUGCAAUGAAGAGGGCCCUACAGUACUCCGCCUCUAACGGAAUCCCUGAACUGCUGACAUGGAUGAAGAACCUGCAGAAGGACCUACACAACCCACCAACCAUAAGCUACAGUCAUGAGAAGGGACAGAUGGACUUGUGUGUGACGACAGGGAGUCAGGAGGGGCUCUGUAAGGUGUUUGAGAUGCUGGUUAACCCUGGAGACAACGUUCUCCUGGAUGCACCCACGUAUUCUGGCACGCUUGCAGCGCUCCAGCCUCUUGGAUGUAACAUUAUAAACGUACCCAGUGAUCAACACGGCAUGAUCCCUGAAGCCCUGAAAGAGGUCCUGUCUCGCUGGGACCCAUCAGAGGUGCACAAGCCCGACAGCACGGCUCCCAGAAUCCUCUACACCAUCCCAAACGGAGGGAACCCCACCGGUGCCUCCAUGACGGCAAAGAGGAAGAGGGACGUGUAUGAGCUGGCCCGGCUGUACGACAUGCUCAUCAUUGAGGACGACCCCUACUACUUCCUACAGUUUGAAAAGCCAUGGGCUCCCACUUUUCUCUCUAUGGAUGUAGACGGGAGGAUCAUCAGGACAGACUCUUUCUCUAAGAUCCUAUCAUCAGGCCUCAGGAUUGGGUUUGUUACGGGUCCCAAACCGCUCGUAGACAGGAUUGUGCUGCACAUCCAGGCUUCGACGAUGCACACCAGCACCUUCACCCAACUCAUGGUGUCUCAGUUGCUGCACAGCUGGGGACAAGAGGGCUUCCUCCAGCACAUAGACAGGGUGAUUGGGUUCUACAGGAUGCAGCGAGAUGCUAUGAUAAGUUCAGCUGACAAGUGGCUCAAAGAUGUGGCAGAGUGGCACGCCCCCUCAGCAGGCAUGUUCCUGUGGAUGAAACUGAAGGGCAUAAAAGAUAGCCAGCAGCUCAUAAUGGAGAAAGCUUUGGAGAAAGAGGUGCUGCUGGUUCCCGGAGGCGUCUUUAUGAUCAACAGCGGCGACCCCUGUCCCUACGUCAGAGCAGCCUUUUCCCUCUCCACACCGGAGCAGAUUGAUGAAGGUUUCAGAAGACUCUCCUUACUCAUCAAAGAUGCUUUGUGACCAGAGCUCCUGGGGAGAUGUUGUAUUUUUAAUUUAUGGCUUGGUGCAAGGACUACUUUACUUUGAAGCAUUUAAAUCAAAGAUUUAAACCAAAGUCAAAUUAUCACAUUUUAUUUAAAUGUAAAACCUGUGUAGCAAGGAAGGCAAGGAAUACAUCUUAUCUUCGUAAUGUACAAAAAAAGUAAUUAGGAACUUUUUAACAUUUGUGUAUCGUUUCUGCAGUUUGUCAUAAAGAUAAACAGAACCUCAAAGGUUUUUGUCAGAGGUAAAAUAAUCUUCCAACAGAAAGACACAUCAUUGAACAUAUGUGUUGGGUCCUCAUGUGAAGGCUGGGGAAUGUAACUGAUGUUGUCCAGUGGAAACUCAUUAAACCCAAAGUAGCCUGCUACAGCGAAUGUUAAUGUGCAGAUGGUUGGUGGAUGAUAAUCAUUGCUUAAAUCUUACCAUUGUGUCUCAAUUUAGGGUGAUUUAUAGACUCAUGAAGGGUUUGUUUACACUAGAUAACUCUCUUAGCACAUUCACUUUAAGAAACCAUUCAUUAGUUUUAACCCUAACAGCUAGGUGGAGCAGCACAAAGAGCGUCAGAUUUUUGCUAUGGUAAGAAAAUUUCAAUUUCAAAAAUGUUUUUCACGUUUUUAUAAUAAAAGUUUAAUAUUUA